UUCUUGUGUAAAUAAAUUUCCACGUUGAUAGACCGUAAAGAAAAGAGCGAGCACAAAAUUUACAAGUGAAAGUAAAUUCAAAACAGUUUAACAAAAUUCGUAUAUUAGUACAUCUUUCACAGUAGAACUUUUCCGUAAAUUUUUCAAGAAUGCCUUUGAGAUUAGAUGUCAAACGAACAUUGUCUGCUCGAUCUGAUCGUGUUAAAUGCGUUGAUCUCCAUAGUACAGAACCUUGGUUGUUAGCUUGUUUAUAUAAUGGUAACUGUCAUGUUUGGAAUCAUAUCAGCCAAACUCUUAUUAAAUCUUUUGAAGUCACAGAUUUACCAGUUAGGUGUGGUAAGUUUGUAGGCAGAAAAAAUUGGGUUGUAACAGGUUCUGAUGACAUGAUGAUUCGUGUGUUUAAUUACAAUACUUUGGAAAAGGUACAUGGGUUUGAAGCUCAUUCGGACUAUCUUCGAUGUUUGCAAGUUCAUCCAACUCAGCCAUAUUUGUUGUCAAGCAGCGAUGAUAUGUCAAUUAAACUUUGGGAUUGGGACAAAAAAUGGCUGUGUAUACAGACCUUUGAAGGACACACUCAUUACGUAAUGCAAAUUGUAAUCAACCCUAAAGAUAAUAAUCAAUUUGCUAGCGCUUCUCUUGACAGAACAAUAAAGGUUUGGCAACUUGGUUCACCACAACCAAAUUUUACAUUAGAAGGUCAUGAAAAGGGUGUAAACUGUAUUGACUACUUUCACGGAGGAGAAAAACCUUAUUUAGUGUCUGGUGCAGAUGAUCGACUUGUUAAAAUUUGGGAUUAUCAGAAUAAAACUUGUGUCAAAACAUUGGAUGGUCAUGCUCAAAAUGUGUCAAGUGUUCUUUUUCAUCCUGAGCUUCCGAUAAUUCUAUCUGGUUCUGAAGAUGGAACUAUUCGUUUGUGGCACGCAAAUACUCAUAGGUUGGAAAGCACUUUAAACUAUGGCAUGGAGCGGGUUUGGAGCAUGUCUGCGAUGAAAGGUACCAACAAUGUUGUUAUUGGUUAUGAUGAAGGAUGCAUUAUGAUUAAGUUGGGAAGAGAAGAACCUGCAAUGUCAAUGGAUAGCAGUGGAAAAAUUAUUUUUGCAAAGCACAGUGAUAUUUUACAAGCAAAUCUAAAAAACCUUGGUGAUACAGAUGUUCGGGAUGGUGAUAGGUUGCCUGUAGCUAUUAAAGAAAUGGGAUCUUGCGAAAUUUACCCUCAAACACUCUCUCACAACCCUAACGGAAGAUUUGUUGUUGUAUGUGGUGAUGGCGAGUACAUCAUAUACACAGCAAUGGCACUAAGAAAUAAGAGCUUUGGAUCAGCCCAGGAAUUUGUUUGGGCUGCAGAUUCUUCGGAGUAUGCCAUCAGAGAUAAUUCUGUUGUUAAAAUUUUUAAGAACUUUAAAGAAAAGAAAGUAUUCAAACCAGACUAUUCACCUGAAAAUAUUUAUGGUGGCCAUUUGCUUGGAGUACGUUCGUCUGCUGGGCUUUUAUUCUAUGAUUGGGAGUCUCAAGAACUUAUUCGUCGAAUAGAAAUAACACCUAAAAGUGUCAUUUGGUCUGAAAAUGGCGAGAUGUGUUGCAUUACAACUGAAGAAUCUUUUUUUAUACUAAGAUAUUCUCAAGAAAAUGUUUCACUUGCAAUGGAGAAUAAGGAGGAAUUAGUAACAGAAGACGGCAUUGAAAAUGCGUUUGAUGUUCUUGGUGAAAUUGAGGAAGUCGUUAAAACUGGUAUUUGGGUUGGAGACUGUUUUAUAUACACUAAUGCAGUUAAUCGUUUGAACUACUAUGUUGGUGGAGAAAUCGUUACCAUAUCUCAUCUGGAUAAAAGUAUGUAUCUUCUUGGAUACAUUCCAAAAGACAAUCGUUUAUACCUUGCAGAUAAAGAGCUUAAUGUAGUUAGCUAUAAUCUACUUCUCUCUGUUCUUGAAUAUCAAACAGCUGUUAUGCGUAAGGACUUUGAUACAGCAAAACAAGUUUUACCUACAAUACCUAAAGAGCAAAGAAAUAGAGUUGCCCAUUUUCUUGAAAAACAAGGGUUUAAACAACAAGCUUUGCAUGUAUCAUGUGAUCCAGAACAUCGAUUUGAGCUAGCAGUUCAAAUAGGAGAUUUGAUAGUAGCAUACGAAAUUGCUUUAGAAGCUGACACUGAACAUAAAUGGAAACACUUAGCUGAGCUGGCCAUUCAGAAAUGUGAAUUUGCUUUAGCUCAAGAGUGCCUUUAUAAAGCUCAAGAUUUUGCUGGUUUGUUGUUAUUGGCUAGUUGCUCUGGUGAUCAUAUUACAAUGGAAAAAUUAGCAGCUGAAGCAGAAAAAAGUGGAAAAUAUAAUGUUGCAUUUUUGGCAUAUUUUUCACUUGGAAAAGUGGAAGAGUGCUUAGAGUUGCUAUGUAAAUCAAAGCGCUUACCUGAAGCAGCAUUUCUUGCCAGGACUUAUUUACCUAGUCAAGUAUCUCGAAUUGUACAAAUGUGGAAGGAAGAUCUUUCUGAAACUAACAAAAAAGCUGCAGAUUCACUUGCUGAUCCAACCCAAUACAGCAAUCUUUUUCCUGACCUUCAAGAUGCAAUUAAGGCUGAACAAAUGCUUAAAGCAGAGAGAAUAAUUCUGAGACCAGCAUAUGAGUAUAGCAGUCUUACGAGCAAUUUAGAUAGAAAUGCUCUUGAAGAAGUUCGACUUGCAGAAGAAACAGGGGAUUUGCAAGCUAUAUUGAAUAAAACUCAUGACCUAACAAUCAGUGCCAGUUUUCCUCAAGUAAAAGUUGCAAGUCCUCCUCUAGUAAACGUUCCGAGUUCCCCUCCAGUAAAUGCUCCGAGUUCUCCUCCAAUAAAAGUUGCCAAUCUUCCUCAAGUAAAUGUUGCAGGUCCUCCUCAAUCAAAAGGAAUCAGCAGUACUCAAGUAAAUUCUACUCAAAUGUCUAAUUCCUCUGUUUCGACACCUUCAAAGGAACCUAAAAGUAGAAAUGAUGACAGUAUAGUAAGUAAAGACCUUGAUACUGAAAGCGAUAUUGAUGAUGCGGAUUUAGGGGAACAUGAUGUUGACGAUCUCGACCUCGACGAUAUGGAUGAUGAUUUAGAAAAUUAGUUUUUUUUUUAUUCGAAGUUCCUAUAGUUAAUUUUUUUUAAAUGUUUUUGGAAAUUUACACACUAUUUUAUUGGUUUUUGCUUCUAAACCCUUAUAUGAUUUUUUUUUUUUUUGAGUGUGUGCGAACCUAUAUUCUUUUACUAUCAUAUAUUAUUUAUUUUGUUACACCUUAUUAUGUUACAUUUUUUGACAAAGAAAUAUAAAAUCUACUUA